UUCUGUAUAUGGAUGCAUACAGAUAACAGAUCAUUGCAAAAUUUCAGGGAGGGAGGGAAGAAAAGAAAGGCUUGGAAGGAGUUCCCUUUAUUCUAAUAGGCAAUUUUCCUCUCUUUCUCUUCUUUAAGAUCUGAGCAUUCCAGUUCUUCAGAGUCAGCUUGCCCCAACAUGGCUAGCUGUGCAGACACUGAUCUGAGGAUCAUUCUGAUAGGAAAAACCGGAAAUGGAAAGAGUGUUUCAGCAAACACCAUCCUAGGGAGACCUGAAUUUGAGUCUAAGAUUUCUGCCCAUGCUGUUACUAAGACCUGCCAGAGAGCAUCCAGGACAUGGAAGGGGAAAGAGCUAGUUGUAGUUGACACUCCUGGGUUCUUUGACACCAAGGAGACCCUGAGGACCACAUGUACAGAAGUCAGCCGCUGUGUCCUCUACUCCUUGCCUGGGCCUCAUGCCAUCAUCCUGGUCCUACAGCUGGGUCGCCACACUGAGGAGGAGGAGAAAACUGUUGCUCUGAUCAAGGGUAUUUUUGGGGAGGCAGCCAUGAGGUAUAUGAUAGUCUUGUUCACUCGCAAAGAUGACCUUGAGGACCGGAGCCUUGACAGCUUUGUUGAAGAAAAUAAAAAGCUAAAAGACUUCGUCGUGCAGUGUGGGAAUCGCUACGUUGCCUUCAAUAACAAAGCAGGUGAGGCCGAGCAAGAAACGCAAGUGCAGGAGCUGAUAGAGCUGAUAGAGAACAUGGUGGACAGAAACGGAGGGUCUUACUUUCAGGAGAAGAUCUACGAGGACACAGAUAACAGCCUCAACGACUAUCUAAACAAUCUGGAGGAAACUUAUGCUCAAGAAUUAAGUCUUGAAUUCCAAAGAAUAGAAAAGGAAUAUGCUAAUAAAUCAGAAAAAGAAAAGGAGGCAGAAAUUGAUUCUGCAAUGAGAAUUUACAAAGAAAAAAUUAAAAGUGGGAGGGAAGAAGCUAAAGAGAAUACAUUAAAGUAUAUUUUCCAGCAGAUAUUUAAAAUACUUUCCAAACUUUGGAACAAGUUGUGGUUGUGA